GCUAUCUUCAUGACCGACCUGGCCGGGGAUCGGAUUUCGGAGAGCCCAGUGUCUACAGUGGCCAAAUUGUACGGCUCCAGUUUGGCGAAGGGCGGCUGUUGCGAGGCUGCUGCUUACUCUGCCCGGGUGACGGUCAAGCUGCCACCCGGGGUCGCAGAGGUGCGGUUUGAGGUGGCGCCGAUCCUGACAG